CGACCAAUGGCUGACGGCCGUCCAAGACCUGAGGGCGGCGGGGGAGGACAGAGGGCGCCGCCUGGUUUUUAAAAUGGUCCCCAGGCGACGAGUGCUGGACAAGAUUCAAGGAGAAGACGCAAAGAUGACAUCAUCUUUGAAUCGCGGAGCGGCGCAGCUCGACCUCGUCUUCCUCACCCUCCUCUGCUCCGCGAUGGUCUCGCCCUCGCCCCUCCUCCCCCCGCCCCUCCCGUCCACUGCCACAGUGGGCGUGUCUGACCCGCAGCCUGCUCUGCAGCAGCUCAGCCACCGCCGCCUCGACCAGCCCCACACCUGGACCUGGACCUGGACCGGCCGUCGUCCUGACCCUGAGCGAGUCCUGCUGAUGCCUGGCCAGGAGGGGGUGCUGCUGAGAGCGCAGAGAGGACACCCGAUGGCUCUGCCGCGCUCGUCCCUCCCCGGCGGUCACUCCACAGAGAUCCUGUUCUACCAGGACGGAGGAGACGGCGAGGAGGACGAGAGGAGGAGCGAGGCGCUGACCUCCAUCGUGGGCGGCCUGCAGGCCGUCAACCGCAAGAAAGGAGGGUUCGGUUUCCGCUUCGGGAGGAAGAGAUGGACGCAGCAGGGAUGGGGGGAUGAGGGGAGGGGAAGCACAGAGGAGGACAGGAAGUGAUGACAGAGGGAAGAGGGGGGUGAAGGUGUGAGGAAAAUACACUAUUAAGUUAAAGGUCCAGUCUGUAAUGUUCACAAAUAGAAU